GGUACCUACUAUGUAUUUAAGCACAGACCGGUGAUUUCCACUGUUACCUAUUAAACCAAACAAUGAAGCUAGCGUUUGUUACGGGAAUAUUGUUCGUUAUUGCUACUCUAAUUCAUGACUGCAAUAGUACGAAGAAUUUACGUGAAAAAUCUCUCGUGGAACGUCGCCAGAAAUUGGUAAAGAAAAUAAUUAGCAAAAUUACUGUUUUAUCGUUGUCCUCUUUCAAAAAUGUUUCUAUGAAAGAAACGCCACAAAUAUUAGAAAACAUUAGAAAACAGUUGAAAUUGGCUUCUAAAUUCACUGGAGCACGUAGCGAUAAAUACGUAGAACUACUAAUGGAUGGUAUAAAAUCAAUAGUAGCGAGUAGAAACGAAGUCGGUGAAAUUGAGACCAAAAACGUAAUCGACUCUUACGAUUUGAAAUACGACUAUCUAAAAAAUAUUACUAACUCAAACCGUAACUCCGGCGACAAAACAAAAACAGCAUCAGUAAGUGAAACAUACCAAGAAGAUGAAUGCGAUUGCAGUUGUGUUGAAGAAGCACUUUGCUUGAAAAUAUCAUAUUUGGAUAAAUUUAUUUGUCCUAACGAUGGCAACGUAAUAUCGUUUGCACAGGUGUGCGAUGGAGAGAACGAUUGUAAAGAUAAUUCAGACGAAAAGCAAUGUAAAGUGCAUGCCCUUAAGAAACUUUUCGAAGCUAAGCGAUUAAUAGAUGAAAUCAGAAAUACUUUGCCGAAACACUGCUUAGAAGUACAAAACAGCGUGGACAAAGUUGUAGUAAAAACUCGAAAAGAAACAUUGACUAAAGUCCUCACUAAACAAUUAGAAGUAUUAAACACCUUUGCUCCCAUUAAAAAAGAGAAGAAAAAGGGAAAGUCAAUUAAAAAUCUUAUGGAGAUUAAUCUAAUUGUGAGUUCCGUAGAAGCAGCACUUGAAGGGGCCUUAUGUAUACGUGAAAAAUAUAAAGCAGUAAUUAGCCGCAGAAACGGUUUGUCAUUAGAUGAAAAUGUAGACGAUGUACCAAAUACCAAAAAAACAUGGCUUCCUCCGAUUUGUGUAUGUUCUGGUCAGUCUUGUCUUUUGAACAAUUGCACAUCUGCUUGCAAUAACACUUGUUGGCAGCGAUAUAGCCUAUGGCAAUGGGGCUGCAAAGCCGUCGAUGGUUCACGCAGUGUACCUUUGGAUCGUGUAUGCGAUGGCAAAGUUGACUGCCUUAAUGAAUCCGAUGAGAAAGGAUGUACUUCGGGUGCAGUGGCAGAUAAAUUUAAAGCUACACACAUUUACAACUCGAUUAUUGAAUUCCUAUCUACUAAAAUGACAUCUAGCCCUCAGUUUCAUAAAGUUGUUAACCUGCAAGAAGCGGUGAAAAAUUUACAAGCUCAGUGUUUGGCAGAGGAACCAGAUGCGGCAGCAAUAAAACGUUGGAGAGAUGAAGCCUUUUCUGAGAUAUUUUCUAUUUAUGAUGGCGUUUUGAAUAAGGCUGAUAACAUUUUGGAAGUCGAUGCAGGAUAUAAUUCUUUAAUGUCCGUCAGCCGAAAACUUGUGGAAGCAAUGAAGUAUUCGAAAACUGGAAACGAAAGACUCAUUCCCUCCAAUGAUUGUAGCUGCAUGGCGAACGAGUGUAUGCUGGCCAAUUGUUCGGUGGCGUGUGUGCGUUUCUGCACCGUCAAAGCGACCAUCACUGAAUACUUGUGCAAAGGGAACUCUAGUAAAAUAAUACCAGUGCACAAUAUUUGUAACCGCAAAACAGAUUGUCCAGAAGGAGAAGACGAAGAAAAUUGUAAAACAGAUAUUUGCCGUAAUCAUCAUCUACUGAUGCUCCGCAAUAAAAUUCAAAAUUACAGAGAUGAUCACUGGGGACACGCAUUGGCAGAAAUACUUGACAGCUGGAAAACCAAGAGGAUUUCUUCUAUUCUGGAGACCGAGAAGACUAGCCGGUUGACGCGGCCCGGGCUUGAGAAGCUGGUGGCGGAGACCCUGCUCGAGCUGGCGCAGACCUACGCCACUUUGCCCAACCUCACGAGGAGGAGUACCGAAGGCACCAUGCCCGCCUUCCUCGAGCUGUCUCGACUUAUACGAGACACGCUUAGAGAUUGCACGAUAUAAGUCGGCUUAGCAAAUAUCACAAUCGCUUUCACUUCAAUAACGAAACACCUUCAUUCGGGCCUCUCUUAUACUCUUAUAUUAGUGCAACUGACAGUUGCGUUGCGAUCGUUUCGGAGCGUAAGUAAUUGUGACUUUGGCUAGGCACCCAGGAUUCUCUUUCUAUAAUGAAAAACCCCAAUACACUUAAAGGCAAACUUUGAAAUAAAUUAGUUAGGUAUACGUUGCUGCAAACUU